AUCCAUCGCUUUCAAACCUUAUUUUCUAAACUGAUCGGAGCCCCCUUGAUGAACUUUCAGUCUAGUGGAGUACCUUUUGCGAGGUACCAUCUUCGCCUUUUACAAUGGUCAAGCAACUGAACACCGCAUGUUUGGUCAUCAUCGUUGUUUUUGAAGUUGUUGGCUCAAUCUUCUGCUUUGGGCGUUUAGCCUCAAGGUUAGUAUCAAAACCGCCAUGGAAGGGACUGAUGAUGUGGAGUGAUAUCUGUAUGGGUAUAGCUUGGGUUCUAUCGGUUGUGGAAACUGUCGCUAUAUACGGAUUAACAUCGUACGCAAAAUAUGGCUAUAAAUCAUCAGAUCUUGCCCAAUUCAAUAUCGACAUACCUACCGAGAUGAAAUGGUCAAUGUUUGAUUCCCUUUGCUAUAAUCCGAUCCUCGGUUUCGUCAAGGCCUCCAUGAUUCUCCUAUAUCUUCGACUUGGGGGAAUAAGACAAACAGUUCGAUAUGCUUCAUAUGCACUCUUAUGCAUCAAUUUCGCCCUUAUGAUCGCCAUCUUCUUUGUCGAUAUGUUUCAAUGUGUACCGUUUUCAUACAACUUCUACUCGACAGAGAUGGACCUGGCGGCUCAGAUUAAAGCAAAUGCCACAGAUCCGGGAAUCGGACCUUAUGGGCCUGUAGCAUCUGGGUUCAAAGAUGGGAAGUAUAUAUCGGGCGGGAAAUGCAUCAAUGGUGUCAAUUUUAUAUUGUCAACCGCUGGUUUGACUAUUUUGACAGACUUACUGGUUCUAUGCAUUCCAAUCUAUAUGGCAAAGGAUCUCAAAAUGAAUCCACGGAAAAAGGCUGCAGCAAUCACAAUUUUGUGUAUGGGCUUGGGUGUUACUGCCAUCGGAAUUUGUCGUCUUGUUUUUACUUAUCGUGCAUUCUACCCCGAUGUUCCAGACCCGGGAUUGAAUGUCAACAGCACCAUAUCUCAAAUAGAAACUGGUCUUGCAUUGGUUAUAGGCUGCAUCCCUGAUCUUCUGCCUCUUUUUCGCCUACUAAUACCUGGCUUCUUAAAUUUUGCGACCAGACAAUCAACUCAUCCAGCUCGGUAUCCUUACCCCUCAGCUUUCGGUUCCAAAAAGAAGCCGGAAGACCGAAGCGACAUUCUCAAAAACACCAUGUACGAAGAACAUGGACUAGACAUUUUGAAGUUACGUCCCAACAAUGGAUUGAUACAACGUGAGACGCAAGUCAGAGGUGCUGCGAGUACCGAUAGCUUGACUGGUAGUCAAAUAGAAAUGUUCGACAAAACUAUGGACGACAAGACGGAUUCAAAGACAAUUAUAAAGACAACACAUUUCUCGAUGAAAGAAUCGGACCUAAAUGAUCCAAGGAACACUUGGAGUAAUGUCUGACUUAGUCAAUAAGAUUUCUUUUGAACUCCUUUGUUUUGGCUUGUUGAUUAUAGAGUCGAAAGGGCAUUUAGCCUGUAUGUUUUAGAGCCUGCGAGAAAAUCAUCGUGUCAAAAUCUUUGCGGAUUUUGUAUGCCGUAAAGGUCAUGACUCAUGUCUUUUCUAUCUUUGGCCGUAUUGCAUGGUUGUAUUGCAAUUCAUAUAUUGUGUAAAUGUUAUACAAUCAUGUAACUCUGAGGUCUUUUGAUGCUGGAAGGGGCGUGGGGGUCAUAAGGAGUUUUCCCCUUUGUCUCUAUACUCCCAGGCACACAAACUGUACCGCAAUGUGUGCAGUGCACACCAUAAUUUUAAUAGCCAGGAGCAAUUACUUUGACAAGAGUGACGAGGAGUGUUGCUGGAAAUUUAGUAUGUACCAUUGACUGGCCUCAAAGCGUAUGUAGCUUCUUCCCAUUUGGUUACAUGUAUGGAGAAACACUACAACCACAUCUAUUCCCUUCUUUUGGUGCCUCGAAAUACUAUGCGACUACAAUCAGCCGCUUCUCUCCUUUCUAUUUUUCCUUCCGAUCCGAGAGAAAUCCCACCAAUGGGGGUAAUGAUCUACGACAUUACCCCAAAGUUGUGUUGUCAGCUGCGGGGAGCUGCACACAACUGCAUUUGAGGCUGGCUUGGCAUAUAUAAAAGAACCAACGACCAGAUAUUUACGAGACCGACGACUUGGAAAGUUCUUCUGAUGUGAUAAAGUUCACGUCUGCAGGAAGAACAUUUUAAAAUGCAUUCCGUGAUGGAGCAAAAAAUUCCGUUUGCCAACACUUUUACCCCGCAGUCCGUCUUGGAUGGACUCUGAAGACCCCGGAUAAUCAAGACAGAGUUAGAUCGGAAUAUCCACGUAAAAUUUAUAAAGUACACUUGGUCCAGCGUGUGGGAGAAGUUAUUCUGGAAGUUCAUCUC